AACAGGAAUGAAAGGAACUAUUUUGAGCAAGCACAUAUCAUUAUUUUCUUAUUUCCUUUGCUGUUGGUUCGCUACUUGAUGCUUUUCGAGGUCAAUAGCUUACAGAUUUCUUAGGUUAGGCAGCUUUCAGGGUGAACAUGGAUGAAGAGGAAGCGCAGAUGCUGCGAGCACGGCUGCAGCAUUUGGAGCUGAUGCAAGCACAGCUUAGGCGAGACAAGGAGAGCGCGGAGAGGGACUUCGGCCACCAGAGGUCGAAGUUCAGAGACAUUCUGAUGAUGCGGGAGAAUGAGCUUGCACAGGUACAAACUGCUCAGCGGAGUCUUCAAGCUCAGUACCAGCGCGAUAAAACCGAACUAACCAAUCGUCUUAGCACAGCCCAAGGUGAAAUGGACAGCUUUCAACAGAUGGCUCAAGUUCUGGAGGUCUCCAGCAAAGCAGAGUUGGAAGAGCAAAAGCGACAGCAUCAGGAUGAGAUUACGUCUAUGAGACAGAUACUGGAAGUUUCGGCGGAUGAGACGGCUCGUCAGAACCGCGAGAUGUGGCUGGCAGAGCGUCAGCAGCUGGAAGUGGAAAUCACGCGCCUGAGAUCUCAGCAGGCUAGCAGCACAUCCGCGGCGAGCUCUGCUGCCACGCCAACCUCAUCGUCCAAUGCCGCUGCUACUCCGACGCAGACAACUUCUUCACACCUGUCCACACUGCUACCGACGUUGCUGAAGCGUGGCGUUUCUGAAGAGGUGUCGGAUGCCGCCGGAAAAGCGACCACUAAAGAUGUAGAUCGUGGAGGUGCAAGUGCUGCAGGUGUGGCCGGUGAGAAGCAAGAAGUCCGUCAGCUGAAGGAAAGGCUAAAAGAGUCGCGCACCAAAGUCAAAGCAUUACAACGGCAG